GAGAUAUAUCCAGCUGCAGACCCGCAGCACCACCAGUUUCAGAACCCCAGUUUCAGAACCCAGCGCGCCAGAACCGGAAGGAUACUAUAGAUCGACAGAGUCUUACCUGAGGCAUUUCUCUAGUAAUGCGCCUCAAAUAACGCAGGAUUUGAAAAAGAAAAAACACCACGCUGAGAAGUCUGAAAUACAUUACCAAAGUAGGUCUAUUAUAUUUCUGUUUGAAGUAACCUGUAACAACACUGAUGACCAUGCGACUGAAACGUGUCUUCAAAAUCACCGCACUCCUGAGCUCUACGACCAUCUUGUUAUUCCUGUACUUUCAAAACGCAGCAGUGGUUUUGAUAAACAAUUCUUACAGUUUUGUCUUCGAGCGAGCUCAGCGCACAUCCCAUAUCUGUUUGGAAGACAGCGGAAAUAGUAGCUGGUUCAAUGAACGUUACAAACCCACUGUUCCACUUCUGCUCAAUAGCACCAACAGUGUAUUACAAAGAAACAUCUUCAGCUGGUGGAAGGAGCUUCAAGAUGUACGAAGUGCAUCAAACUACACAAAGGUGGUGGACCAGCUGUUUUCUCUAUUCCCCAAUGAAGAUCACUACUCAGACGCUGGUCCAGAUCGCUGCCGAACCUGUGCUGUGGUGGGAAACUCUGGGAACAUCCUGGGAUCCAACUAUGGUCAACUGAUAGACAGCCAUGACUUAGUCAUAAGGAUAAAUAAAGGCCCAACAGAAGAUUAUGAGAAGGAUGUGGGAAACAAGACCACUCACCGGAUUAUGUAUCCCGAGAGCGCUGUGGACUUGGAUGACAACACCUAUCUGGUGCUUCUGCCCGUUAAAGUUCUGGACAUGCAGUGGCUUAUCAGCGCUUUUACCACUAGACACAUCAGACAUACAUACACCAACGUUCCAUCUUCAAUCAAAGCAAAUAAGGACAAGGUGAUGAUUCUGCACCCUGAAUUCAUAAAAUACGUGCACGAUAACUGGGCAGAAGGUCAUGGCAGAUAUCCAUCCACUGGUUUCUUAACGCUGAUAUUCGCUCUUCACAUCUGUGACAAGGUGGAUGUUUUCGGGUUUGGAGCUAAUAGUGACAGAAAAUGGCAUCAUUAUUUCGAUAAAACAAUGACUUCAUUUGAAAAUGACUCUCAUGGUGGAGACUUUGAAAACAAGACAAUCAAUCAGCUCCAUCAGGAGAACAAGAUUUUGAUGUACAAGGGUUUGAAGUAGGUUCUUGGGGAAAAACUACCUUUGUACUGCACUUUAUUGUGUUGCAAUGGUGCAGCAGAGACUUUCAGAUUCAUCCCGAGUGGUGCAAGACAUCAACAAGAGUUUAAAAUGUUCUCCACUAGCAGUACUACCUGAAUCUGUUGCAUUAGCGGAUUAAUUUUUCAGUCGCGCGUUAUAAGUGCCUAUUCAUUUAAUGUAAUUGUUUUUUGUGUGUGUAAGUACAUCCUUAAAGGGAUACUUAGGGAAUUAGCAUUGAAGGACAACUCCGGCGCAAAAUGAACCUUUGGUCUAAUUACAUAUUGUUACCUUGUCAACCGUUAUCCGAGAUUUGUUUUCAUGAUUG